AUGUCUCUCUCCCUGUCGCAACGCCUUCAAGCCCUCGCAGACUCCUACAAAGAGAUACUCUCCCAAAUUCAAGAACUUCGCAAGUUUUCGGCGAGCUCAUAUCCCUUCGGCAAUCCAGAUGAACGACGCCUCGAGCUCGCUACUGAAAUCCACGACAGUCUCAAGGAACAAGAAGACAAUUUAGAAACUCUGCGGCAGGAAUUCGAAGACGAUGCCAUCCCGAACCAUCGACGAGACCUCUCUAGUCGAGAAAACGAGCGGGAAAGAAACGCAGACUUGCUAGCGCGACUCUCGGAAGAUCUGAAGAGCGCCAGAGCUAGUUUUCGAAAAGCACAACUUCAAGCGAAAAGGAAUGCGGACGCAGAAAGGCGGAAGGAGAGAGAACAGUUAUUUGCAGAUCGGAAACAAGAUGGCAAACAGCAAGCCCGCGGACGGCCUACACAUGAGAAAUUGACACAGGACGAACUAGCCCUACGCGCCGCACAGGACGUGACGAUCGCGCUACGGAGGGUACACAAUCAACUCGAAGGAGAGCUAUCCGUAUCACAAUUUGCUCAACAGACUUUGGAAGAAAGCCAACAGGCGUUGGACAGUUUGACGCACAGUUAUGCAGGAACCACCGAUUUAUUGAAAGCAAGCAGGGGGUUCGUGGGUCAGUUAGUACGGAGCAACAAGUCGGACACUUGGUUCUUGAAAUCCUCCUUCUACAUACUUGCUGCAACAAUAUGCUGGCUCUUCUACAGAAGGAUCCUCUACGGGCCGAUGAUGCUAUUUAUUUGGUGGCCAUUGCGGAUCAUGUGGUGGGUCACUUUGACAAGUUUUGGGGCUUUGGGAUUGGGUGGCAAGUCCGACGAUGUGACAUCGCCUGCUCCAAUACCUUCUCUAACAAUCUCAAUGCCCGGGAUGAAUGCAAGAGGAAUGCCUACGCACCAGUCCAACAUUUAUUUCAAGAGCAUGGAGCUGCCAGCGAAAGGGGGUGGGAGAGGACCACCACCACAGAUUCCGCAGCAAAAUACACCCGAGCAGGCCAUCGACAGCAUGAUUGAGAAAGUUGGGAGGAUGAUGGACGACCAGGAGACGGAUGUGGAUGACAUCACAGAUGAAGAACGUAGGGCACAACAAGACCAGCCCAAGAAUACAAAGAAGAGGAUGAUGGAGGUGGACGUUGAGCAAGUGAGGGAUGAGUUAUGA